GUUUAUAAAGAAAAUACUGUGGAGGCGUAGCAGGCUGAGGAGAGAGACAGAGGACGCACCGAGGACCUCACAGACAGCUGUAACAUUCACUAAACCAGGCUACUGUGGUGGGUCAACAUGGGUAAAGACUACUAUGACAUUUUGGGUAUCCAGAAAGGAGCGUCUGAGGAGGACAUAAAGAAAGCUUAUCGUAAACAGGCUCUGCGCUUUCAUCCUGACAAAAACAAGUCCCCGGGAGCAGAGGACAAGUUCAAAGAGAUCGCAGAAGCUUACGACGUGUUGAGCGACCCGAAGAAGAAGGACAUUUAUGAUCGUUAUGGUGAAGAAGGUCUGAAAGGCGGAGGCGCCCCAGGUGGUGGUGGUGGUGGUUGUGGUGGUCCUGGCACCUUCAGCUACAGCUUCCAGGGCGACCCUCAUGUCAUUUUUUCAGAGUUCUUCGGUGGACGUAACCCCUUCGAACAGUUCUUUGGUGGCCGCAAUGGAGGCAUGGAUGAGGACAUGGACACUGAUGACCCUUUUACCCACUUUGGGAUGGGGAGCGGCGGAAUGGGCAGCGGUGGAAUGGGGGGCGGCGGAAUGGGCGGGUUCCCUCACUCCUUCAGCUCUAGUAUGGGAGGAAUGGGCCCUCACAGUAGCAUUGUGAAGAAGCAUCAGGACCCCCCCGUGGUUCACGAUCUCCGGGUGACUUUGGAGGAAAUUCUGUCGGGUUGCACAAAGAAAAUGAAAAUAUCUCGUAAAAGGCUGAACCCCGACGGGCGAACGCUUAGGACUGAGGAUAAAAUCCUGGAGGUGCAGAUAAAGAAGGGGUGGAAAGAGGGCACGAAAAUCACGUUUCCCAAAGAGGGAGACCAGACUCCCAGAAACAUUCCAGCUGACGUGGUCUUUGUGUUGAAGGACAAAACACAUCCGGUGUUCAAACGGGACGGCUCGGACAUCGUUUACACAGCAACGAUUUCACUCAGAGAUGCCUUGUGUGGCUGCACAGUCAACGCUCCCACACUGGACGGCAGAACGGUGACCGUGUCAUCAACAGAUAUCGUGCAGCCGGGGAUGAAGCGACGCGUGAGCGGCGAGGGGCUGCCUUAUCCCAAACGCCCCGAUCGUCGAGGUGACCUGUUAGUGGAGUAUGAGGUCAAGUUCCCAGAAAGGCUCAGCCAGAGCGCCCGGGACACCAUCGCUCAGGUCCUCCCGCGAUCUUAAACAAGACCAACGGACAUCCGGGACUUUCGAACUAUCACACUAAGCUGCCAACUAUUUUGUUUGUCAGUCACCGCCUGGACUUUCAUGUGGCGUUAUAAAUCACAUCAGACAAUAAAGGACAGAUGUGUGUAAACUGUCAACCCUAAUGUAAAAACCACCUUGGGAAAAUGCUUCUCAUGGAUGACUGCAGCAUUUCACAGGGUCGAAUGUAAAUAUGACCAAUAUUGUUUGGUGUUUGGUUUACUGAAUAAGAUUAUAUUUUGAUGAAAAUAAGUAUAUUAUAUUAUAUAGAAUAUAUAUGCACUAUUCUGCAGGCACUGUUUUGUUGGUAUUAAAGGUUCUUCCUGAGAAAAAUGUUUUAUGAAAUUGCAACAUUAAGACUAAAUUGUUUACAAAGUUAAGAUGGAACGCUUAUAAAGUGUAUACUGAUGGAGAAACAGAUUUAUGGACUGAGAAACUUCAAGGAAAUAUUUGUGUUUAUUUGAUUUCUGUUUGUUUGAAUGACCAGCAUUGCAACUCAUGCAGUGAAGAAUGACGAAUACAUUCAAAUAAAAAGUUGUUGGGUGACUGAUGUCAAAACAAAGGGCAGAAGUUAUUGUUGGACUGAAUAUUCGAGAACAAAGAAAUAAAAACUGGUGCUGUAAACAUUAACCAUUUUAACACAA